AUGGCUCAUUUAGACGGUCAAUUUAAUUUUCCAAAGGAGGAAGAAAAGAUUCUAGAAUUUUGGCGUGAAAUUGAUGCGUUUAGGACGCAAACUCGUUUAUCCGAAGGAAAACCAAACUUUUCUUUCUAUGACGGACCACCUUUCGCUACUGGACUACCUCAUUAUGGACACUUGUUAGCAGGCACAAUUAAGGACAUUGUAACCAGAUAUGCUGUAUCAACUGGACAUUAUGUUGAACGUCGAUUUGGUUGGGAUUGUCAUGGGCUUCCAGUUGAGCAUGAGAUUGAUAAAAAAUUAAACAUCAAGGGAAAGGAUGACGUUAUGGCAUUAGGAAUAGACAAAUAUAACGAUGAAUGUAGAAGCAUUGUCAUGCGGUACUCCGUUGCUUGGCAAGAAACAGUAGAGCGCAUUGGCAGAUGGAUCGAUUUUGAUAAUGACUAUAAAACUUUAAAUACAUCCUUUAUGGAGAGUGUUUGGUGGGUCUUUAAACAACUUUAUGAGAAAGAUCAAGUGUACCGCGGAGUAAGAAUCAUGCCUUUCUCUACUGCUUGUACAACUCCACUUGCAAAUUUUGAAGCUGCUCAAAAUUACAAAGACGUUAUUGAUCCAGCAGUUGUAGUAUCUUUUCCGUUGGUUCAUGAACCCGAGACUUUAUUAUUGGCCUGGACAACGACUCCAUGGACUUUACCUAGUAACAUAGCACUUUGUACAAAUCCCGAUUUUGAAUACAUUAAGAUCAAAGAUGCUCUUUCUGGGCGUACAUAUGUGCUUUUAGAAAAAUGUUUGAAUGUGUUGUAUAAGGAUCCUAAAAAAGCAAGAUAUACAGUAACGCAAAAAUUUUCUGGUAAAGAAAUGAAAGGAUGGGAAUAUAUUCCAUUAUUUGACUAUUUUGUUCCUCAGUUUAAAGGUAAAGGUUUUAUUGUAGUCAAUGAUAAUUAUGUCACCGAUGAUAGUGGAACGGGAAUUGUACAUCAAGCACCGGCAUUUGGUGAAGACGAUUACCGUAUAUGUCUUGAAAAUAAGAUUAUUACCGAAGAUGGUAAACUUCCAUGUCCAGUUGAUGAACAAGGUCGUUUCACUCAAGAAGUGACCGAUUUUGCGGAAAUUUAUGUCAAGGAUGCCGAUAAAGAUAUUCAAAAGGCUUUGAAACAUAAAGGCCGACUGAUUAUUCAGUCACAAUUAACGCAUAGUUAUCCUUUUUGCUGGCGUUCAGACACUCCCUUGAUAUACAAAGCUGUUCCUUCAUGGUUCGUCCGAAUCAAGCCGAUCAUUGACAAAUUACUAGACAAUAAUAAAAAAAGUUAUUGGGUUCCUGAUUUCGUUCAAGAAAAGAGAUUUGCUAACUGGGUCAUAAAUGCACGUGACUGGAACGUUUCUAGAAAUCGUUAUUGGGGUACUCCAAUUCCUCUUUGGGUUAGCGAUGACUAUAAUGAGAUCGUUUGUAUUGGUUCGGUAGCAGAAUUAGAAGAAUUGUCUGGUUGUAAUAAAUUGACUGAUAUUCAUCGUGAAAGUGUUGAUCAUAUAACUAUUCCUUCAAAGAAGGGAAACGGUCAAUUGAGAAGAGUAGAAGAAGUUUUUGACUGCUGGUUUGAAUCUGGAAGUAUGCCUUAUGCCCAAUGUCAUUAUCCCUUUGAAAACAAAGAAAAGUUUGAAUCAUCUUUUCCUGCUGAUUUUAUUGCAGAAGGAUUAGAUCAAACGCGUGGAUGGUUUUAUACUCUUAUGGUCUUGUCGACUCAUUUGUAUGAUAAGCCUGCAUUUAAAAACUUGAUUGUUAACGGUUUGAUUUUAGCAUCCGACGGGAAAAAAAUGAGCAAACGUCUCAAAAACUAUCCUGAACCCUCGUCUAUCAUCAAUAAAUAUGGUGCUGAUGCUUUAAGAUUAUAUCUUAUUAACUCUCCGGUAGUUCGUGCCGAACCCUUGAGAUUUAAAGAAGAGGGAGUCAAAGAGGUUGUUUCAAAAGUGUUUUUACCUUGGUAUAAUGCCUAUAGAUUCUUCAUAUCACAAGUGGUUCUUCUUCAUAAGGAAACUGGUAUAGAGUUCCUUUACAAUCCAUCAGCUAAACAUUCAGCCAAUGUUAUGGAUAGAUGGAUUUUAGCAUGUUCACAAAGUCUGAUAAAAUUUGUUCGAGAAGAGAUGGAAGCGUACCAUUUAUACACAGUCGUACCUCGACUACUAAGUAUGAUCGAACAGUUGACAAAUUGGUAUGUUAGGUUUAACCGCAAGCGUUUGAAGGGAGAAAAUGGUCCAGAAGAUGCUGUAGACGCGCUUAAUACACUUUAUGAAGUCUUGUUUACCUUAAGUCGUUCUAUGGCUGCAUUUACUCCUUUCCUUACUGAGUAUAUGUAUCAAAGUUUACGGAAAUAUCUUCCAUCUUCUAAUUCUAACGAAGAUGUUCGCUCGGUGCAUUUCUUAUCGUUCCCGGAAGUUCGAGAAGAGUAUUUCGAUUUAGAGAUUGAGAGAUUUGUUUCACGUAUGCAAUCAGUUAUCGAAUUGGGCCGUUAUAUUCGUGAGAAAAAAAAUAUUGGACUAAAGACACCUUUAAAAGAACUGAUUGUCAUUCAUUCGGAUCCUCAAUAUCAUUCUGAUGUUCUAUCGCUAAAGAAUUAUAUUGUUGAGGAACUGAAUAUCAAAAAUCUUGUCGUCACAUCUGACGAAGAUAAAUAUGGUAUUAAAUAUCGAGUAGAAGCCGACUGGAAAGUAUUGGGUCAGAAACUGAGAAAGGACGUUAAUAAGGUUAAAAAUGCUUUACCCGAACUGACUUCCGAGCAAGUUAAAGAGUUUGUUCAAACUAAAGAGAUUAUGAUUAACGGAAUUAAAAUUGUCGAAGAGGACCUGCAAGUGAUCAGAUAUUUCAAGGAUGCUAAUAGUCAUUAUGAGACGAACAAUGAUAAGGAUGUCUUGAUCCUUUUGGACGUUCAAGUUUAUCAAGAUUUACAAGAAGAAGGAUGUGCACGAGAAAUUGUGAACCGUGUCCAAAGACUUAGAAAGAAGGCAGGAUUACAACCUUUUGAUCCAGUUUUAAUGUAUUAUAAAUUUACAAAAGAUAUUGAUAAUCAAAUUGAAAAGGUCUUAAAAUCUCAGUCGGAUUUUAUUAUUAAAGUUUUGAAACGCCCUCUUAUACCUAUUUCCGAAAAACCCGAAGGUGGCGAAAUUAUUAUAGAGGAAGAACAAGAGAUUAAUGAAUCUACUUUUAUCUUAUGUUUUAUCAAAGAUUGGUAA